AUGUCGCUCGGAAAGAUCGAAGCGUUUGAUGUCACGAAAGACAAUUGGAAUUUGUACAUUGAUCGUCUGGAACAGUACUUUCUGGUAAACGACGUCAAGGAUACAAUGAAGGUGCCUACCUUAAUUACAGUUAUAGGUAGUGAGGCUUACGAACUUAUGGACAAUUUGUGUACACCCGUAAAACUAUCUACAAAAAAAUAUAGUGAGUUGGUGGAAUUGAUGCGCAAGCAGUUGCAACCGAAACCUAGUUUACUUGCAGAACGCUCCAAAUUCAGACAACGUGUUCAAAAAAACGGCGAAUGCGUCGUAGAAUAUGUCACAGAAUUAAAAAAACUAUCGAAAGAUUGUCAAUUUACGGCCGAGACGUUAAAAGAAAAUUUGCGUGACCAAUUCGUGUGUGGUUUAAGAAACGAAAAUAUCACACAGCGGCUAUUCGCGGAGGACAAUGUAAGUUUCGAUGAUGCAUUUAAAAUCGCAGUGAGCAUAGAAGCGGCCGAGAAAGACGCGGCACUAGUGGAGGAGCAUUCCUGGCGGUGUGACGUCACGCCGAUGCCAUCGUCAUCGUCGGCGGUACACAGGCUAACGUAUGCGCGCGCGAGGGGCAGCGGUGACAGCGGGGCGCGCGGUGCGGCCGCAGCGACGAGAACCGGUCAGCCGGCUGGCAGAUACGACGUGCGCACAAGUUCGAGGCGAUAUGUAAGCGGAAGUCCAAUUGAACCAAGAGAAGCGGAUAUUGUAAGGUGUUUGCGGAUGGCCUCGGGAGGUUUACCGGCGGGACAGUGGGGUUCAGAUUACGCGAGGGUGCGCGACCGGUGUUUAUGCGCGCACGGCCGCUGGCGUACGCGCUGCGCGAGCCGGUGGGCCGCGCUGGACGACAUGGUGCGCGACGGAAUCAUCAGCCCUGUUACUACAUCCGACUGGGCUACACCGAUAGUACCGAUCAUGAAGAAGGACGGAACCAUUCGCGUAUGUGCUGACUUUAAAGUUACUUUAAAUAAGUGUCUUGAGGUGGACCGUUUCCCUGUGCCAAAAGUAGAAGAUUUACUUGCUAG